UCUAUACUAGCAAUGUACGCUCAACUGCACGAUGCCUCUGUUUUCCUUACAGAUGCUGCUUUGACAAGACGGCGUCAUGAAGCCUCUGCCGGCCCAAACUCCUACGGAAACCCACCUGCUCAGGCUCAGUCUCCACCUGUUAUUCCUCACCCUGUGCAUGCCUCCCAUUCUAACAUGUCUUGUCAUGCACCCCCACCUCACCCCGUGGCACCCCCACCCCCUACUAAUUUAGACACCACAGCUGCACCAAUCCCGCAGCAUCCUCAUGCCACAAACCAGCCAAUUCCGUAUUACAUUCCAGGCACAGCACCUCCAGGACAGAGACUGCAUCGUCAUGAAGUUGCGCAGAGGAUGGAACAUCGAAGGAUGAUGAUGCAGCAUACAAUGCUGGGACCUGAGCGCCCCCCACCUCACACACACAGGAUGCACCCCUACAGUGGACACGGACAUCCUGUGCCUGGGACUAUGUCCUUACAUCCUCGGUAGGCUCCAGAGAGAUCGGCUCCAUCAGUAUCUUGUCUGUUUCAG